UUGACUGCUACAGAGCAGAUAACCAAAAAAACAUAACCUAAGCAAAUAUUUGAAACUUAAGCCAAGAUGGAUUUCAGCUUGUUUAGGGACUUGAUGUGCUUACCAAAGAAGCCGCAUUAACUGAUGCAGCUAUUGUUCUGUAUUUACAGGAAUAAAUAUGAAAGGUGGAAGAUGCCUGUGCCUUCAGACUAUGGAUAAAAUUGUGUUUGGUCACACACAAGUCAAGACCGUAGAAAUCUUCCCUGCAUCUACCUCUUGUGAAAAUGUGGAAAUAAUUGUAAGUUUGAAAACUGGCAGACAAAUAUGCCUGGAUCCCGAAGCAAUGCAUAUUAAAACAAUCUUCCAGCAGCUCAUCAGGAAGAAGGGAAAGAAAAAUAAUAAACCCAGCAUCUGAUUUUUCAUCAAGAAAACAAACACAGAGAGCAAAAGCAUAGGAGUCUUUCCUAAGUUAAAGCUGUGAUUCAAAAUGUGCAAGUAAGCCUUCGGCUGACAUAGUACUUAUCUAUCCACCUAUAUAUAUACACAUCUAUCUAUAUAUACACACAUUUAUCUACAUUACAUCUACAUCUUUAAAGGACAGUAGUAUGCUGCAAAUCACCCUUUAAUGUUUAAGGGGGCUUGUUCA